AAAAACGAAGCCUGCUUUGAAACAAUAGAUUCGCGAGUUGUCAAUAUAUCAUUUCUGUUUGAAGCUAUCCAUGUGAUGGUGUCACGUUCUUCUUAAAGAAAAAAUAUAACGUCUCUGAGUUAACAAUUGUAUGAUUGAAUUCCCACAAAAAAAAAACGAAAUAAUACUACAUCUUUCUCCAUGAAACUCAAUUCCAGAAAGUAUGACAGCAAACAACACUGAAUCUGAAUCUUCGAUGAAUAUGUUCCUGCAAGCAAGCAGAGAAAGAUUGAUAUCCAGAAACGGGUAUUCUUCAGAAUUGGGAUUCGGGGUCCCGCACCAAUCCCCAGAUCAAGGUUGUCUCCACGGACUUCAGGACAGGAUUUCCCAGUUCUUCGGAGAUGUUAAGGGGGCAUGGAUGAAGGCCUGUGAGAUGGGACGGAAAGAUCCGCGCAAGGUCAUAUUUGCAGCUAAGAUGGGAAUAGCCCUCUCCCUCGUUUCUCUCCUCGUAUUCUUCAAGGAACCUCUCAGCUACAUUGGCAAUCACUAUGUUUGGGCUAUCCUCACAGUUGUUGUCGUCUUCGAAUUCAGCAUAGGGGCAACCCUUAGUAAAGGGUUUAAUAGGGCAAUUGGGACUUUAUCUGCUGGAGGGCUAUCUUUGGGAAUAGCCGAAUUGUCUUUCAUGGCAGGCAAAUGGCAAGAAGAAGUAAUUAUUGUCAGCAUCUUAAUUGCAGGUUUUGUAGCAAGUUACUUGAAACUGCAUCCUAGUAUGAAGCAAUAUGAAUAUGCAUUCCGGGUGUUCUUGUUGACAUACUGUAUAGUCUUAUUAUCGGAAUCUUCAAAAUUGAUAGAAACUGCUUUCUCCCGGCUAUUGCUGAUUGGGGUUGGCGCAGUUGUAUGCUUGCUUGUAAAUAUAUGUGUCUACCCCAUUUGGGCUGGUGAAGAUUUGCACAAACUGGUGGUAAAGAAUUUUAAUGGUGUUGCAGAUUCUUUUGAAGGACAUGUGGCAUUCAUUACCAGCAUGCAUCAUUGCUCCAUGUGCUGGGUCCAAGAGACCGUCUUUCAAUUAGUUAGGGUCAGUUUGGGUGAAUGGUUUUUGAGGGUUUAGUCUAUAUUUUGAAUUUUUGAUAAAUAAACAUUUCUAAUAACAAGUAAAAGGUGUUUGAUGUGUUAUACGCUCCUCUAUGGUGUUAUUUUUUCAACUUUCAUAGAACCUCAUGUAUAUACUAUACACUGAGAUAUAGACAUAUUCCUGCAAAAACAAACAAAACCAUUGAAACUGACCCUUAAAUAAUAAGAGAAUGAGAUUUGACUUAUCCAUUGUGCAAUGUUAUAUUAGGUUGCGUGAAUGGUUAUCUGCAAUCUGUUGAAUAUGAGAGGGUACCUUCAAAAAUUCUACUUUAUCAGGCAUGGGAUGACCCUGUGUACAGUGGGUAUAGAUGUGCCUUAGAGUCCACAAGCCAAGAGGAUUCUCUGUUGAGUUUUGCUGUAUGGGAACCACCCCAUGGUCGCUACAAAAUGCUAAAGUAUCCAUGGAAUGAGUAUGUCAAACUUAGCGGUGCAUUGAGGCAUUGUGCGUUCAUGGUCAUGGCUAUGCACAGUUGUAUUCUUUCCGAGAUACAGGCAGCACCUGAUUUAAGGCAUGUCUUCGGGAAGGAGAUAAAAAGAGUUGGGAUAGCGGGAGCUAAGUUGAUAAGGCACCUUGGAGAAAAGGUCAAGCAAAUGGAGAAACUAAGCCAUCACGCGGAAGACGUUCUCGAAGAAGUCCAUGAUGCGGCAGAGGAGUUGCAGAUAUUAAUUGACCAAAAGUCAUACUUAUUGGUCAAUGCUGAGAACUGGGAGAGCGGGAAACGACCAAAGAACUUAGAAGACCCCGAAGACCUUCAAGACCUCAAGGACAGCCAACAGCAUAGACCAAUGCUGAUAAAUUCCCUUAGUGAAGCAACUCUCAAUAUGAGAUCCAUGCAGACCUUGAAGCACAUGGACACUCAAUUGGAAUCAUCUAACGAGCAACAGGUGAAUUGGCCCUCACGCCUUUCGGUUCUAGGAGAUACAAUCCUAAACGAGCGUGAAGUCCGGACAUAUGAAAGUGCAAGUCCAUUGUCAUUAGCAACAUUUACUUCCUUGUUGGUUGAGUUUGUUGCGCGGCUUCAUAAUCUCGUGAAUGCUUUUGAGGCUUUAAGCAACAAAGCUAAAUUUAAGGAGCCGGCAGAUGAGGACUUGUGAAUCCCAAGUGUGUGUUUGAACUUUGAAAGUCCUGCAAUUCAGUUUUUUGGCAUUAUGAUUUUUUUCAUAGAAGAAGAAAUGAAAAAGAAAACACUCUUCUUGUUUUGGACGGAACUACGUCAACCUAAAAAAAUUUAAAAGCAGGCAGUAACGGUUAGUCA